AUGGAUUUCGAAUUAUCAAAUUUUAUAAACAAUGAUUUAAGACUAAUAUAUAGUGGAGAUAAGAAUUUAACAUUACAUGAAACUAUGAAUAUAAUUAAUAUCGUGUAUAAAAGAGAGUCAAAUGAUAAAUAUAAGUAUAUUAAUGAUCAUAAUCAGAUUUACAUAGAUAUUGAAGUAACAUUUUACAAGAUUAUUGAGGAAAUAGAAAUUGAAUAUGAUUUAGAUUCUUUACUUAACUUAUUUGAUAAGUGUAAUUGUUUUGCUUAUAAAGUAUCAAGUAUUUUUUAUUACGUAAAUAAUAACUAUGUAAAAUAUGAAAAUAGAGUAAAACCAGACAAUUGUUUAGAAAUUGAUUGUUUGUUUCUUUCAAUAUUAAAUAAGAGAAUUGAACAUGAAAAGGUGUUAAUUGUGUUUUUUACAGAAUUAAACAAUUAUAGAUUAUUGCCUUCUAUAAAUAGAUAUGAAAAUGCAGUUAAAUUUGAAAAGUUUAUUAAUUUUUAUAAGAAAAUGCUUAAAACAACCUUUAAUGAUCUCAUUCUUGAUGAAUUUUAUGAAAAUUACUUAAAGGACAUAAAAAGACAUUUGACAUACUUUAAGAAAGAAUCUUCAGAUAUAUCAAAGUUACUAAGAACAUGUUAUAUUGAAAUGAAUUUUGCAAAUCAUUUUGUUAAUAGAUGCUUAUUGCCAAGAAUAGCUUCUUAUAUAAAUGAUAAAUCAGAUUUAAUACUCAAGUAUGUUGAAACAAGAUUAACUAAUUUUUUAUCGGUUAAUUAUACUUAUUUUAUACUCUGUAAUAUGAAUGAUAAUAUUAAGAUAAAGUUUAAUUCAUUGUGUAAAAAACAUAUCAUUAACACACUCAAUCUUAUAAAAGUUUCUAAUCCAGUAUCAUUAUGUACAAACUACUUUAAGUUAUAUAAUCAGAUAAUUUCUAAUAAUUUUGAUAAUAUUGAUUUAUUAAAAAAAUAUGUGAGAGAAAAAAUUAAAGAAAUAAAAGAAAGUAAUUUAAAUCAAAUUAAAAAAUUCUUAAUUGAGAAAAUUAAUGAUAAAAUAAUUAGAAUUAAUAAUAACAUAGAAUGCGAUUUAAAUAGUUUAUAUUUGUUAUAUGAAAUAAUUUAUAAAGAAGAUGUUGGUGUGGAUUUAAGAACAAUGUAUCUUUAUUAUUGUCAAAAAAGGUUGUUAUUGGGAUAUGACCCAAUAAUAGAGAGUAAGUAUGAGCAAAUUAUUGGUAAUAAUAUAGAAAGAGAUUCUUAUUUGACAAGAUCAAUUAAAUCAUUCACUAACAAGAUUAAGUAUCCAACUUUUAAUUUAAUUUAUUGUCCAAAAUUAUUUUGGACUAAAUUUAUUGAAGAUACUUGCAAUAGAAAAGAGGAUCCUAAAUUGGUUGAUUUUAUCAGUAGGAGAUAUAAAUUAGGUAUAAACUUAACUAAAGUAAAUAAGGAUUUAAACAAAGAUAACAUUAAAAUGACUAAUUUGAUUAUAAGAAAUGAUCUUAGUAAAAUCACUUUUAAGAUUAAUAAUUAUACUAUUAUAUCAAACGUUAUUGAUUUUUGUAUAAUUAACUUUAUAAACGAUAAUGAAGUAAUUGAUUUAGAAAUGAUUUCAUCAAAGUUAAGAUUUGAUAAAGAAUUUAUAAUUGACAGAGUUAAUAGUAUGAUUAAUGAAGGAUUUAUAAAAUUUGAUAAAAUGUAUUUUAUAACAGCCAAUAAAGACUUAAAAUUAUAUGAACCAACAUCUAGUACAGUUAAAACGGUAGAUAUUCCAUAUGAUUGUAGUAUAAAUAAUGAGAUGGUUUUAGAAGCUAAAGUACUGAAAAUUAUUAAACAGAAAAAAUCAAUAUCUUUAAGUAAUUUAAAAACAUUAUUUGAAGGAAAUAUAUUAUUAAUAAUAGAAAAGUUAAAAGAUAAAGAUUUAGUUAAAAUUAGUGAAACAGAUAAUGAAAUAAUUGAAUAUUGUUAA